GCCACUCUAACUUCUGCAUUUAUAACCUUUGUCAAAAGAGCAUCUCUAGUUCCCAGCCUUUCCCAAACCCGGAAACACCAAAAUGAAGGCUUUCACUGUCCUCCUUAACCUGGCUCUUGCCUGUUCUGCCGCUGCUGCGGCUGUUCCCUCAGAGCUCUCGGGUCUUGAAGAGCGCUCUUGCGGCAAAGCUGGCGCUCCUUGCGUGUACGGUGACGAUUGCUGCGUCUUCUGUGGCCUUGACCGCAAGUGUACCGACACGAUUUCCACCUGUGUUGACAAAGGCCUCUUUCCCGUGAGCGGCGCGUCCAGCUGCUGCUCGCGCGCUGUUGACAAGAACGGCAACUGUACUUAGGCACAGUCCAGCCCCGGAUAUAUACUUGAUUACACAUGUACACUGAAUACCG